AUGGACAUGGAAGGCUUUGAAGACGAGAACCCCUUCGAGGAAGUCGAGCAUAUCAACUCUGAAACGUCGUCGGUAUCCAAAGACGCUAUGUACGACCAGCCCUCGCCGCAGACCGAUUUCGCUAGCCAGCCCACCUCGCAGACCGACAGGCCACCCUUUCCCUCAGCCGGGUCUCACAGACAGCACCAGGUGCAUCCCAAGACGGACUACUGCUGCUCACAGGACAGGUAUCUCCACCAGAACGAUGACUUUGAGAUUCGGAUCGUAGACGCCCAGAAGACGUCUGUGAACUCGACAUCCCCGUACAUCACCUACGUUAUCAGAACUGGGACUGCAGAAGCGCGCCAUCGGUAUUCAGAGUUUGAAUCCUUGCGCGAAUCGCUGGUGAAGCUGUAUCCGACCUUGAUAAUACCACCUAUCCCUUCAAAGCAGACGAUCGGAGACUAUGCUAUCAAGCAAGGGAAGGCCAAGGAAGACGCUGGGCUAAUCUCACGGAGGAAGCGGAUGCUGGAGACAUUCCUCAAUCGCCUAGCGCGGCAUCCGAUACUCUCGAAUGAACACGUCUUCCAUCGGUUCCUGGAGGGAGAAGUCUCGUGGAACGAGGUUCUCAAUUCGCCCCCCAUCUCCAACCUGCCCAAGAACAUCCUGAAAGCCCCCUCGCACGACCCCACAGAUCAGACUUCUCUAGCGGCUUAUUCUGCGUUACCUAACCCCUCGGCGGCGCAUCCACUGCGAAGACCUGACCAACGCUUCCUGGAUUCAGAGGCGUUUACCAUCAAGUUCGCGAACCAUAUGAUGGGCCCGAUGGAGAAGGUCUCACGACGGGUCGUCAAACGCUGGAAAGACUACGCGCAAGAUCAAGCAGACUUGGGCGCCGUCCUCAACGGUUUCAGCUUGAACGAGAACGACGAGCUUGGUGCGGCGAUCGAGAAGACGGGGCAGGCGGUUGAUGUGGGUUACGUCUCCACGACGAAGCUGCUACAAGAUAUAGAGCAGAAUUGGCAAGAACCGUUGCAGGAGUACAGCCAGUUCGCGUCUAUUAUCAAGAAGCUGCUAGCCUAUCGUCACCAGAAACACGUGCAGUUUGAAAUGACGCAGGACAUGCUGGACAACAAACGCGAGCAGUUGGAGGAGUUGGAGAAGAGUGAGCGGGAGGCGAAGCGAUUGGAGGAAGCGUUGGGCAGGGGGCGGGCUUCUUCUAAUCCGCUGACAUCACCAACAACGCCGAGUGAGCCAGGAACAGCGCAAGCCAGCGUUGAAGGCUCUGAAACUCACGAAAGCGAAACUGCAUCCACUCGUCCCUCGUCAACAUACAUUCCGCCCCACCCUGGUUCCAAUCCUGCGAAACGGCGAGUAAGGGCACCGGGCAUGGGAUUCCUGAAUGCAUUGAGCUAUUCAUUGCAUGGAAUGAUGGAUGUGGAUCCUGAGACUGCAAGAAGGAACAGCAUAACAAAAACACGGGAAUCCAUCUCCACGUUGGAAGAUGCUCUCCAUUUGGCGGCUCGAGACCUCAAGUAUUCGAGUUCCACGAUACAAGCAGAUCUGGAUCGAUUUCAGCGCCAGAAAGUUGCAGACCUCCGUGAAAUGGGUAUCGCGAUGGCCAUUGCGCAUCGGGAUUGGUGCAAGAAGAACCUGGAAGCAUGGGAAGAGGCGAAGCGGGAGAUUGAGAAGAUUCCUGAUCAUCCAAACAAGGAUCCUACUCCGUCGUCUGAGCCUGAACCUUCGAAAGUGCCGCCUCAUGUUGCGAUGUUCUCUGGGACGUCGACGUCGAGUAGGAGAGAUUCGAAUGCUACUGUCAAUGGGCGGUAGAGUCCUUAGGUGAAUGGUUGUUAUUUGUUGUAUAAUACAUUUGGUUCUAUUACUUCGUGGUUUGUUUCUAUCCUUUUCGUGGCGGAAUGAAUGUACCUC